CCUAUUCCUGGUACUUGUUCCUUCACUAUGUUUCUUGGGACAAAUAUCUCCGUUGCUUUUCUCUGCUUCAGUUUCUCCGAGUUUUCUGAAGUCGGUGUUGUCGUCAUCUGAAUCAUACUUCUGGGAUUCAUCGGCCUUGAGUUCAGUGCGCACACCUGAACGAAGCUGCCAUGAGUUUGAACACCGUGUUGCUGCUGUUUAAAGGCCUGUGGGGGGCAUGGGGGAUUCAGUUGUUGUUCACCUUAAGCUUUGCCUGUGAGAUUGUUCUCGCAAUAUUAGGCAGCCGUCGGAAAUAUUUGACAUCGAAUUUAGCUAGAUUCGUCAUAUGGGCCACAUACUUGCUCCUUUCUUACUAUGCAACAUUGGCGCUGGGCAAGCUUACUGUGGUCCGCAUUGACGAUCCUGAGAAUCCAGGUUAUGACGUGGUGUUGGACGGUCUAUUGGCCCCAUUGCUUCUGAUGCAACUCGGUUACGCAGACGGCAUGACGGCCUAUGCGGUGGAAGAUAACCGGCUAGGAUUGAGACAGAUGCUCAACAUCGGGGUUACGGCUAUCUUAGUGCUUUGGAUUCUCAUUCGAUGUGGGCGCGGCUUGUCCCCCGUCUCAUGGCUGUUGUACUUCCUCUUGUUCAUGGUUGGAAUUGGGAAGUCGGUCGAGUGGGUCCGGGCUCUCCAGUCUGUGUAUGAUGAGAACUGGAGCGUAACCGCUGAGGACAUCAAUGAAGAAACCGAGAUUCAGAGAAAGUUCGAUGAGUUCCCCGAGGACGACAAGUUUGCCUCUGCAAAGGACAUCUUGAAGGCCUACUUUCGGUUCGAAUGUCUGAAGCCCCACCUCGUGACCAGGCUCUACCACCCUCUGUUCAUAUCCCGCGACUGGAUGUCCAUCGAUGAUUACCCUGCCAUUCGUGCUUUCACCAUGACCGAGAUUGAGCUAAACUUCAUGUUCGAUGUGCUCUACACUAAAGCGCCCAUUCUGUACACCAAAGUCGGCCUGGUGGUCCACUUCUGUGGCUUCUUCUGCUUGGUGUCUGCCUUGUGUCUAUUCGCCAUCAUCUUCAAGGAUGCCUUCUUGAUCGAUAUGUAUGUCACCUAUACCUACGCAACACUGUUUGCAGUCGCAUCAUUUGAGCUUUACCAAAUCAUGGUACUGCCUUUUUCGGAUUGGGCAGUGGUGAAGAUGAGUAUGGCCCUUAAGGUGUCGCUUGUCCGAAGGCUCCUCCCUUGUCUGGCCCAUUGGUGCAUGAAGCAGAAAAGAUGGUCGAGGUCGAUGGGGCAGUUCAAUUUGUUAGACCCCAACCUCUUAAACAAAGAAUGUCCGAAGCCCAUUGCCACGGUACUUGAUUGUUUUGACAAAAGGAAGAUCUUCAGGAGGCAUCCGUUUUGCUCCCGCCAGGCCAUCCCCUCGUGCCUCAAGGUGCUGGUAGUUCAAAAGAUAGCGGAGCUAGAGAAGAAAAGACACCACCGGCCCUUCAAAGAAAGAGGUGAGUGGACGCUUGAGACUCACAACAUCCUGGAGAAACAAGGACUGAGCAGUAGCAUUGAGAUGACAUUUGAUAGGAGCAUCAUUAUCUGGCACAUUGCGACGGAAUUCCUCCACACAUUGGAGAGCGAGAACUCCGCUGCUUGUAGAGGAAGCAAACUCCUAUCAAACUACAUGAUAUACCUCCUGGCUCAGCAUCCUUAUAUGUUGUCCCUCAACACUGCUGACAUCACGCUGGAGUACGCUCUUUGCACUCUGAGGCCUUUCUUUAGAUACCGAGACUAUAAAGAAGCAAUUAGCACACUGUCGUCGCCAGAUGGAGAGGUGCCACCCCCGGUCAAACCAAGUAAGGAGACAAGGAUCACUCGUGACUGGCACAUGCUGUCGGAGGUGCAGAAGCUUGUGGUCGACCUGAGGACGAUGGACAACAAGUGGGAGCGGAUUAGCAGCAUUUGGGUGGAGAUGCUGUGUUAUGGAGCAUACAACUGCCAAGUGUAUCACCAUGACUAUCUACUGAGAAGAGGAGGUGAGCUCAUCACUCAUGUGUGGCUCCUCUUGGCUCACAAGACCAACAAGUACCAUUCGAGCAUUGACGAGCUUUCUGAAGAUACCGCCAACACCACGGCCUUGGCCUCAGCCACCCCCUCGGGAAAAGGUCAUUCUAGUUUCAUCCGGAGGGUUUUUCUGGGGAAGAGAGAUACUAAUAUAUUUGACAACCCAUAAAUGCCGCGGCCUCCUAACACGUAGUUGGGUUAUUUAUUUAUAUUAUAAUAUAUAAAUAUUAAAACACAGUUGGCCUUGUCAUAUGAUAUAAAAAUAAAAGAUCUUCAAUUCCAAUCUUCUUUUACUUUUAUUUGUAUCGGAAAUUUUAUUUUUUCCACCCAUGCUUUGGUAUUUGGCAAGAGUCUAGCCUAUGUUUGAGGUGGAAUAUUAGAAUAUCUAAGCAUUAAAUGCUUUGGAUUGAAUAGUUAGU